CACGGCGGUCUCCUCACCACUUGGGGGCCCACAGUCGGGCCCUGCGGUGGGGGCGCGGGACCGCCAGCGGAGGCCUGGGCUAGAGUUAGACUCCGGCCUUGGAAAAGAUGGAAGGCGAGGGGCAGCCGGGGUCGGGCCCGCCCGCCGAGGGCCUGCUCGCCGACGGGCACCUGAUCCUGUGGACGCUGUGCUCGGUGCUGCUGCCCGUGUUCAUCACCUUCUGGUGUAGCCUGCAGAGGUCGCGCCGGCAACUGCACCGCAGGGACAUCUUCCGCAAGAGCAAGCACGGGUGGCGGGACACGGACCUGUUCAGCCAGCCCACCUACUGCUGCGUGUGCGCCCAGCACAUUCUGCAGGGUGCCUUCUGCGACUGCUGCGGGCUCCGAGUGGACGAGGGCUGCCUCAAGAAGGCCGACAAACGCUUCCAGUGCAAGGAGAUCAUGCUCAAGAGUGAGGGCAGGGCCCUGGAUGUCAUGCCCCACCACUGGAUCCGAGGCAACGUGCCCCUGUGCAGUUACUGUGUGGUGUGCAAGCAGCAGUGUGGCAGUCAGCCCAAGCUCUGCGAUUACAGGUGUAUUUGGUGUCAGAAAACARUACAUGAUGAGUGCAUGAAAAAUAGCUUAAAGAAUGAAAAGUGUGAUUUUGGAGAAUUCAGAAAUAUCAUCAUUCCACCAAGUUAUUUAACUUACAUUAACCAGAUGCGAAAAGACAAAAAAACAGAUUAUGAAGUGCUAGCCUCCAAGUUUGGAAAACAGUGGACCCCAGUAAUAAUCCUGGCCAACUCCCGCAGUGGAACUAACAUGGGAGAAGGACUAUUGGGAGAAUUUAGGAUCCUGUUAAAUCCAGUCCAGGUUUUUGAUGUAACUAAAACUCCUCCUUUCAAAGCCCUGCAACUUUGUACUCUUCUUCCCUAUUAUUCAGCUCGAGUACUUGUUUGUGGAGGAGAUGGGACUGUGGGCUGGGUCCUGGAUGCAGUUGAUGAAAUGAAGAUUAAGGGACAAGAAAAAUACAUUCCACAAGUUGCAGUCUUGCCUCUAGGAACAGGCAAUGAUCUGUCCAAUACACUGGGUUGGGGUACAGGUUAUGCUGGAGAAAUACCAGUUACACAGGUCCUAAGAAAUGUAAUGGAAGCAGAUGGAAUCAAACUAGAUCGAUGGAAAGUUCAGAUAACAAAUAAAGGAUACUACAACUUAAGGAAGCCUAAGGAAUUCACAAUGAACAACUAUUUUUCUAUUGGACCUGAUGCUCUCAUGGCUCUCAAUUUUCAUGCUCAUCGUGAGAAGGCACCAUCUCUGUUUUCUAGCAGAAUUCUUAAUAAGGCUGUUUAUUUAUUCUAUGGAACCAAAGAUUGUUUAGUGCAAGAAUGUAAAGAUUUGAAUAAAAAAAUUGAGCUAGAACUGGAUGGUGAGCAAGUACAGCUGCCUAAUUUGGAAGGCAUCAUUGUUCUGAACAUUGGCUACUGGGGUGGUGGCUGCAGAUUAUGGGAAGGAAUGGGAGAUGAGACUUACCCACUAGCCAGGCAUGAUGAUGGUUUACUGGAAGUCGUAGGAGUGUAUGGGUCUUUCCACUGUGCUCAGAUUCAAGUGAAACUCGCAAACCCUUUUCGAAUAGGACAGGCACAUACAGUUCGGCUGAUUUUGAAGUGUUCGAUGAUGCCAAUGCAGGUAGAUGGAGAGCCAUGGGCCCAGGGGCCCUGCACUGUCACCAUAACUCACAAGACACAUGCUUCAAUGCUGUAUUUCUCUGGAGAACAGACGGACGAUGACAUCUCUAGUACUUCAGAGCAAGAGGACAUAAAGGAAACUUAGUAGACAAAUGAGAAAAUGAAAACUUAGUGUAGCAUCUGCACAAGCCAGUAGAUACAUGUUCAUCCAAAAGCAGAAAUUCUCUAUCAGCUAUUCAGUCUUAAUUUCACUCAUAGUAUAAUGGAUAUACAUGUAAGGACUGGGAUCUAGCUCAGUGGUAGAAUAUUAGCCUAAUGCAUGAGGCGCUGGGUUCAAUCCCCAGCACAGGAAAAAAAAAAAAAUACAGUAUUUAAUGGGUACACAUUUAUGUAAAUAGCAUUCCCAAAACAAUCAAACUUCCAGUUAGUAUAAAUGCGUAUUCUCUUUUCAGCAUACUUUGACCAUGUUACUAACUUUGGAAAAAUCACUAAAGAUUACUUGAACAUGAAAUGUUUUUCAUGGUUGUAUAUUUUGAGAGUGAAGCUUACUCUGAAAUACGCACUCUCAUUCCUUAUUCUUAAAUAAAAUAUUUGAUGGACAGUAUGUGGGUAGAAAAAUCAUUUCCAUCUUAAUUUUUAAUUCGGUGACUCCAUAUUGUUUUAAAAAUUAGCUUGCUGUUUUGAACGGAAAUGGUUCAUGUCAAACUGGCAUGGUGAAUGCUAGGCAGUCUCCUGCAGCAUGCUUUUUCAAACCCUUAAAGGAGAAAUGUAAAAGAAAGAUAAUGAUCAAAUUUGCGUAAAGUGUUGUUUGGUCAUUUUUAGACUUCUAGAUACUGUUUAUUGUUUGAUAUUAAUCCUGUCCAUGACCAUGUUGAGCGAAAGUUCAGGAUUUUUUCAUUUUGUUUUGUUUUUGUUUGCAGUACUGGGAAUUGAACCCAGGUGCCCAAGGAUUCUAAGCAAGCUCUCUACCACUGAGCUACACCCCCAACCCAAGGAUCUUUUUUUAUAUCAAAAGAGAACCAGAUAGGGGGAUUAAUCUAAAAUACGAUUUAGAGCGUUUUUGGAUUAAAAGCUACAGGUUCCAACAAUUUUAAAAAAAAUGGUUAAAAGAAACUUACUGAUCAGUUAAUUGCUCAAAAAAGUUCAAGACUAACUCAUGUUUUCAAUAUUCAAUGGUCUUCUAAGAUUUUAAAAUAGGGUAGUCUUUCAUAUUUAAAACUCUUAGAAGAAUUUCCCCGUGGGGAGGUAAGUGGACAGAAACCACUGCUAAAAUGUUUAUGUUCUAUUUAUUUUAAAAUGAGAGAUAUAUUUUUAACUUAUUUAUUAUUUACCUUGUUGUAUGAUACUUGUGUUUAGUGUUUACACUGUAUUAUAUAGUUUAUUUAAUAAGUUAAAUUGGUCACAUAAAUUAUCCUAGUUAUAAUUAGAUAAAAAUAUGAAGUCAGGUGCAGUGGCACACAUCUGUAAUUCCAGAGAUUUAGGAGAC